CGCGGGAAAAACUGGAGCAGGGAGCCUGGCGGCAGGUUGUUAUUUUCGGGGACUCGGCGCCGCGCGUCCUGCUUUCCUGUCAUCGCAAGGCAGGCAGCCCGCUGCUUCCCGCCGCUGCAGCCUCCGUUUUGGGGAGUACAAAGAGCGAAGGGCAGGCUUGACCCAGGGUUGGGGUCCGGCCGUGGCCGCCUGGUGCCGGCCGAGCCGCUCCGCUCUUUUGCUGGCCGCGGCGCAGUAAGGUUCAGGGAAACAUCCGCCUGCCAUGAGCCGGCGGGACUGAGAGCCGGCGACUCGGAGCAGCGCGGGCGAGCGGAGCAAAGGACCAGACCGGGCUCAGGGAGUGCGGCCCACGGCCCCCGGAGCUGCAGAUCCGAGCCGGGCAAUGAUCCGGGGUGUGGAGGCGCCGAUGGCGGACAACCCGCCGCAGCCGCCGCCCGUCAUCUUCUGCCAGGACUCCCCGAAGCGGGUGCUGGUGUCGGUCAUCAGGACAACCCCGAUCAAGCCCACAUGCGGCGGCGGAGGGGAGCCGGAGCCACCGCCGCCGCUCAUCCCCACCACCGACCGGAGGCCACUGGCCGGCUGGUGCCGUGUGCGCGAGCGUGGCUUCGCGUCGCGGAGGAGGCCGGCCGAUCGCCGGGUUCUCUCUGGCCGGAGAGAUGGAAUCCGGCGUGGUAGACCCAGAGCAGAUACUGUACGGGAUUUAAUAAAUGAAGGAGAGCAUUCGUCCAGCAGAAUCCGCUGUAACAUCUGUAAUAGGGUGUUUCCACGGGAGAAAUCACUUCAGGCUCACAAAAGGACUCACACAGGUGAGAGACCCUACCUGUGUGAUUAUCCAGACUGUGGAAAAGCCUUUGUUCAAAGCGGACAGCUCAAAACACAUCAGCGUCUUCACACCGGAGAAAAACCUUUUGUUUGUUCAGAAAAUGGCUGCCUGAGUAGAUUCACCCAUGCAAACCGCCACUGUCCGAAGCACCCUUAUGCCAGGCUGAAGCGGGAGGAGCCCACAGAUGCUCUCAGCAAGCCCCAGGCUGUGGACAACCAGGCUGCCGCCGAGUGGUUGGCAAAGUACUGGGAAACCCGAGAGCAGCGCACCCCGACCCUGAAAGGCAAGCUGGCUCCGAAGGCGGACCAGGAGCAGCAGGACCCGCUGGAGUACCUGCAGUCGGACGAGGAGGACGACGAGAAGAGCGGCGCGCAGCGGCGGCUGCAGGAGCAGCGGGAGCGGCUGCACGGGGCGCUGGCGCUCAUCGAGCUGGCCAACCUGACCGGCGCGCCGCUCCGCCAGUAGCCCGCACACGGACCCCCCUACUGUACAAAAGUACUGCCCGGCGUACUUAAAAAGUAGAUCCUUGGGCAUAAGCUAAGCACCUUACUUGCUUAUCAUAGGCUGCUAUUCUGUAGAAAUGUAUGAAGAAUGUCGUUGCCCCAGAAUACGGGGCGAGAGAGAAUUGCACUUUUUUUUUAUAUGGUAAUGGAUUUGUUGUAAAGUUUAAACUAUUUUUUGUAAAUAUGGGACUUCUAGUACAGGGUAGAAAAGAAAAAAGACUACGUAUUGUGGGAAGCUAGAUUUUGCAAGUUUAAUGCAUUCAUUGGAAGCAGUUCUCACAGGAAGCACUUUCUGAAUAAGACACUUGGGUGGAAAAACAGAAUGGUACAUGUAGCCAAAGAAGGUUUAAGUAGAUUAUUUAUGAGGUCAUUUUUAACAAUGUAUAUUAGUAUUUUUAGCAAUACUGUAAACACUGACGCAAGCAGGAGAGUAUAAGAUAUGUGUGUAAGAUAUAUAUUUUUAAAUUGCAAAAUAGUAUGCCUAAUAAGACUAGAGAAAUGGAAAACUGACCGUUUCGGAUGACUUUCUAACUUAGGGACUUUGGAAGAAAACAGGUAUUUGAAGAUCUGGGUAAGAUGAACGGUAGUAGUUCAGAAUUCUCAAAAUCGGAGUCAAACCAGUCUUAUUCUAUCUUUCGGAGGCUUUACAACUCACUCUGAUGUUCAGGUUUGAAAGCACUUGUCAUCCCUCGCUUGUUAACUUGGGAACGUUUGCACAUUUCAUAUUUCUCAUUUGCUGAAAUUGAAUGAUUAAUCUUGCAAAGUCUAGGUAACUUGGUAAUUGGUAUUUUUUUAAUAUUAUGGGCCCUGUAAUGAGAUUUGGCACUUGGAGUUUUAUUAAUAAAAGGGACAUCUACAGGGUUGUUUUGUAGUGAACUGUUUUAGAUCUUUUGUUAGCAAACACUAAAUUUAAAUGUACUGCUUGUUUAGAAUUAUUAGCAAAUGGAAGCCUCUUAUUUAUAUCUUCAGUGCAUCAAGCCACCUUCUUGCUUUACUUCAGAAUAACAUGCCAAGCUAUUUUGUGUUCACUAAAUUUAGCUAUCAGUUAAUUAAACACUGCAGAAAAUACUAGCGACUCAGAUAAGCAGGCUUCUGGAAUAGUUUUAACUGCAAGUGUGUUAACUUGUGUGGUGGUUUUAAAUCUUUUUUUUCCAAAUAGAUGGAGUUUUUAAACAUCACUUUAUGUACUGAAGCACGAAUAGAAAAAUCAAGAGCUGAGUAGUUCACCUCCUUUAUGUAGGCAUAAACCUCCAUCAUUUUAGCUUUUAAGCAGAAAGUAAGUAACAUGCAUAGCGUGGUCAUUUUAUAGAUUGCUUAAUUGGAGUAAACCUCAGAAGAACAGAGGGAAGUAUGGGCUCUUCAGCGCCUUUUGUUUUUUCUUUUUUGAAUUGAAGCGGUAGCCUACAGAUGUACUUUCAACAUUAUCUGAAAUGUAGGCUUCUUUAUCCCAAAAUCCAAAAAUCUGUUGCAGUACCCAAGUAGUUUAAAAUAUGUAGCCAGGGGGAAGGGGAGGUACAGAAACGUCUUCAAAUGGAGCAAAAGCGUGAAAGAUGAUAGUGACAAAUAAUGUGUAUGAUGAGGACAUACUUUAAAAAUGUAAUUCCUCUGUACAGUAAAUCACAAAUCUUGAGGGAUUUUUUUCCUUGGUAAUAAGAGAAUUUAUAUUUGUAAUGGUCUAAGAAUUUUAUUUGUAAUCUGGAAUAUAGAAUUCUACCAGCAGCACUUAAUGAGCGUGUAAGACCAUAGCAUCUGAAUUUUUUUGGUUUAAGUUUCAACAUUUUUCUCUAGUAUUUUUUCUCUCAAAUAUGACUUAAAUGAACUAUGGACUUAAAAGCAACACUCUUCGUUUUGGGAGAAUUUAAAAUGUGAUGAACUUGAUCUAAAGAAGUAAGUGCAAACAAGAUACAAAUACUUGCCACUUUGUGGGUAAUAAAAUUUAAGGCCUUCAAAAGUAAGAGUUCUUGUUUGUUUUCUCCUGUCAGCUUGUGUCAACUAUAAUAACUACAUUCACAAACAUUUCUAAUUUGUAUAAUUGGAAGUUUAAGAAAUUAUUACAACUAUUUACUAUAGAAAUAUUUAAAAUAUUCUUUUUUGAUAUAAGCUAUAUACUUGGACAAAAUACAUUGGCAUCUAAAAUCUGAGGUGUGUUAAGACUGCUUUUUGUUUUAAAAAUGUGGUUUACAUUCAAAUUUUUGAAGUGUUUUAUGCUUCAUAUGGCUAAGUUGUAGUUGGGCAGAGUUAACAGCAUAAGAUAGACAUGCUGUAAUUUUAAAAGAUGCUUUGAAAUAAAAAUUUAUUUUAAU